UAAAAAGUUAUCUUCUUUAUGUUAAUUUUGUUUCUUAUUUUCUUUUUUGGUAUGCUUAACAAGUGAUCGGGUUAAAAUGAAUAAAAAAUUCUCUUAACAAGUACGUUUCAUUUUAAAAGAGGUUGUGAUGUCAUUUUAAACAAAAAUUAAUUUGCACCUUGUUUUCCAUUUGUUUUAUGUGUCAUUAGUUUGUCCUAACUUCUUGUAUUAGUCUAACUUAUUCAAAAGAGGGCUGUAUUAGUCAGCUCCUACUACCAUUACUCAUUUCUUGUAUAUUUAAAUUGCUUUCACACAUCAAAAUAAUACUUUAAGUAGCUUUUUGGUUCGUUUCAUAUGAAAUAAGAGGAUAAGAAGCUUCCUAAAAAAAAAGAAGCCAAAAAAAUUUGUUCACAUAUCAGUAUAUAAUAUAUAUGUCUGUGAAAGCAGUUUCAACUCUUAACUCACUAAAGAGAAAACAUGAAGUAUUUUAUAAUCAAAAUUCAAAGAUGGCUUAUGCAUAAAAAUGUAUGGAGAGUUGUGGGCUUCAUUGCAGCUGUUGUUGGAUUGCUUUGUUAUGCUCUCAGCUCUUCCUUCAACCAUUUAUUUGGAAAUUGGAAUUUGUUGAAAAUAUUUCUUUACUGUGUUUUCUGUUUCAUUAUCUGUUUGCUGAUUUUAUCAGCAAUGAUAUGGAAUCACUUGAGAAGUCUCAGGUUCCAAGUUCAAUUCCCAUUUUUGGUUUUAACCAUUACCUCAGUAUAUUCCUUUUUCUCCGAUAAAAUGAUCAAUGGGAAACCAGAUGCAUUUAGCCUCAUUUCAAGUGUUGCCUUUGCUAUCAUGUCUCUCAGUUUGUCGCGGCAAAGUCGGUGCGGAUUUGAAGUCGAUCUUCUUUACUUUUUUCUCGGAAAUCUUAUUGUGCAGCUCAUGAAGAUUAAAUUGGCAUUAUUCAUUGUUGGAGCUGGUUUCAGCUAUUCUGUUAUUAUUCUUCGCUCUUCUUUUCGGUCCAUUUCCAUAGAUGAAGGACAAAUUAAUGAGUACCCCAGAAUCCAAGAUGAAAAUUCGGUAGUUCUUUGUGUCAUUUCACCACAAUUGGACAGUACUGAUAUUGCUAGUAGCAUGAUGGAACAGUUCAGGACUUGUGUGAAUGCGAUUCAGAAGGAAAUGUUUUAUGUCAUGGACAUUCUUUUGGAACAGCUAAAGGAAUACUUUGAGGAUACAUCUGAGUUUAUGAUGUCAGAACGCAGCAGUGAAGGAGUGAUCAUAUUGGAAGCACUGUGCCCGGAAACGGUCAACAACUUACAGGAAAUAGUGAAGUUGAUGGUGAACGCUGGUUUUGAGAAGGAGUGCUCCAAUGUUUACAGCAUUUGUCGGAGGCAAUGCUUGGAGGAAUGCCUAAUAAAACAAUUAUUAGGUUUGGAUAAUCUUACUAUCGAGGAACUUAACAUGAUUUCAUUUAAGGAUUUCAAACGCCGGGUUAAAAAAUGGAUUAAGGCUUCCAAGGUUGCUCUCAAGAUAUUGUUUCCCACCGAACGGCAACUCUGUGAUAUUGUUUUCUUCGGAUUCUCUGCCAUCUCCGAUCUCUCGUUUACAGAUGUUUGCAGGGAAUGCGCCACUCAUUGGCUGAAUUUUCCCAAAGCCUUAGCGAAUGAAAGCCAUUUGCCAGAACAGUUGUUUAGAAUGCUCGAUGUGUUUGAAACAUUGGGCGACCUAAUUCCGAAUUUUGAGUCUCUUUUUUGUUAUCAAUACAGUGUAUCACUAACUAAUGAAGCAAACACAGUUUUGAAGAAAUUGGGAGAAGCAAUAGUGUGCAUUUUCACGGAGUUGGAAAAUAUGAUUCACCAAGAUCAGACGAAUGCGCCAGUUCUUGUUCUUGGUGGCGGGCUUCACCCCAUUGUUCGUUACAUGAUGAAUUACCUAACCAACACAUAUGACUACCAUGAUAUACUGGAGCAGUUAUUUGAAGACCAUGGACAUAUGUUGCAGCAAUACGUCAAGCUUGAUGAUAAUGUGCCCUCCUCGUCCUCUUUUUCAUUGCAGAUGGAACGGAUUAUGGAGGUAUUGGAGACUAAUUUGGAAGCCAAGUCCAAAAUUUAUAAAGACCCUGCUUUGUGCUGUAUUUUCUUAAUGAAUAGCAGCAAGUACAUAAUUCGGAAGACAGAAGGUGGUGUCUUAAGGGCUCUUUUUGCGAAUGGCUUGUUUGAAAGACACCAAGCAAAAUUACAGCACAACUAUGAGCAAUAUCUGAGAAUCUCAUGGAAUAAGGUGCAAGGGUUUCUAAUCCUGGGCAACAACGGAUUAGUGCUUCCUGAUAUGGUAGAGAAGUCAAUGAAGGAGAAGCUAGAAUCUUUCAACAUACUGUUUGAGGAAAUAUGCAGGGUUCAAUCUUUGUGGUUUGUCUUGGAUAAAGAGUUUAGGGAAGAAAUAAUAACUUCCAUUGGGGAAAUCUUGUUGCCAGCCUACGGAAACUUCAUUCAGAGGUUCCAGAGUGUUCUGGAACUUGGAAAGCAUGCUGAUAGCUAUACCAUUAAGUAUGGAUUGGAGGAUAUUGAAGCAAGACUCAACGAUUUGUUUCAGAGAAUCAUUCGAUAAACUGGUGGCCGUUGUGUAAUUGAAAUACAAAGUUACUUUUUUGCAUUAACUAGUAUAGAAAAUAGAUUUUAAUCUAGUUUUCAAAGCUUUCUAAGUCGCUUUCACAAUCAACUUAAAUGUCUGAUCUUAGUUUGUGAAACUUAAAAUUUUAUAAUUCGCCUCACUUAAAAUUUAGAGAGCAAUUUGCAAGCCAAAUCCAAAAUCUAUGAGGAUCCUGGUUUGUACUAUGUUUUCUUGAUUAAUAACAGCAGGUACAUUAUUCAAAAGACCAAAUAUAGUGAAUUAGAAGCUA